GAUAAACACUGUAGCCUCUAUUUACAUGUAUAUACAAUUAUAGUGUGUGUGUGUACCUGGUGAAAUUUGGUUUGUUUAUACACAAUACGAGACAUUUUAAAAGCUAGACUUUAGUACGGGCCAGAAUGAAGAAAGUCGUAUUACUUAUAUUGACGUCUGGAGCCUGCAUAAUUGUUUACAGUUUCAUGAUCUAUUGGGAUACCAUGUACGGCGCUAUUAAAGACAACAUUCCAAAGCUCUAUCAAUUUAGGUCCAAGGAGCUCACAACAACACAAAGAAGCGAUCAGGGGUCGUUGCAGUCAAAUGACCAGAGUUUUACAACAGGGAAGACAAUUGUUUCAACAAAGUUACUGAAUAAACUAUAUUUGGAAAAAUCUCUUAUGCCUGGCAACUUUACAAAUAGUUUAGUUACUAGUACUCAUUUCCCUGUAAGGGAAAGUUUUGCAAAGAAUUACAUAACAAUUACAUUUCAAGGUCGCUUAGGAAACCUACUUUUUGAAUAUGCAUCUCUUUAUGGCAUCGCCAAACACCAUAACAUGAUACCAGUUAUUAAUGAAGGAUGUCAUUUAAAGAAAGUUCUAAAGAUAUCUGCUACUUCCGGUCAACUAUUAACAAAUGUUAAACGAUACAAUGAGGUAAAGGGUUGUACAUUUGAGAACGAGGCAUUUAAUCUAGACAGGAAAUUCAACUGGACUCUCAAUGGAUACUUUCAAAGUUGGAAAUACUUUGUUGACAAAAGUGAACAGAUAAGAAAAGAAUUCAAAUUUAAAGACAGUAUACAACAUGAAGCAACUAAUCAGUUUCAUAAAAUUAUAAAUCUAAAAGGUAUAUCAAAUACAUCUACUUAUAUUGCCGUGCAUGUGCGUCGCGGUGAUAUGGUGCAUUCUUCUGUUAUGACCAAAUAUGGAUACAUAUCAGCAGAUAAACGUUAUAUUGAUGAUGCCAUGGCAAGUUUUCAGUUAAACUUUUCAAAUCCCUUCUUUAUUUUUUCCUCUGAUGACAUAUCUUGGUGCAAGACUCAUUUUACCAAAGAAAACACUGCGUUCAUUCAACAGAAGAAUUCACCGGAAGUUGAUAUGGCAAUAAUGACUAACUGUAAUCAUUCUAUUAUAACAACAGGCAGUUAUGGCUGGUGGAUAGCAUGGUUGAUAGGCGGUAACACAAUUUAUUAUAAACAUUAUCCAGUCAAAGGAUCUCAACUUGACAAAGUAUUCAAUUCAGAAACAUAUAGACCUCCAUCAUGGAUUGCUCUCUAGCUUUAGUAUUUACCGUUUGAUUAUGCUGAAACAUGAUAGACCUCCGGCAGGGUUGCCCUCUGGCAAGUACAAAUGUAUAGCUAUGACAAGUUAUUUAAUUCAGAAGUAUGCAGAGCUCUAUCAUGUAUUGUACUGAAGCUAUGACAAACUGUUUGAUUCUGGAACAUACAAACCUCUCGUCAUGAAUUGCAAUGAAGCUGUUAUACCUUAUAAAUAAACUCAUCAUAGUUACCAGGACUAAAUUUAGUAUAUGUACUGAAGUGUUCAGAAAUGCUAUUAGACAGGAUCGAAUCGAGCAUGAAAAGGUUUAAAGCCUUCUGGCAAAUUGUUUUCUUUUUAUUGUUGUUUCAUUCGCUGACCUUUUUUCUGUCCAUUUUGCUUUUAUAUAAUAUCAUAAGGUGUAGAUUUCAGACAUUCUCAAUUUCUAGUAAAGAUAAUAUCCUUGCUGCUAGGUUUUUUUACCUAACAAAUCAUAAUAAGGGCAAUGGAAUAUAUAGCAUUCGUUGUUAAAAAUUCUCAAAUUUACGUAAAAAAAACUAUACUAUUGUUCUUUAAUCAUUCAUCCCUAGAAUACAAUAUACAAACAAGAAUGUGUCCAUGGUAAACGAAUGCCCCACUCGCAUUAUCAUUUCCUAUGUGCAGUGGACUGUGAAAUUGGGAUAAAAAAAAAAUGUAAUUUGGCAUUUUAAUUAGAAGCAUCAUAACCUAAGGAACAUGUGUACUAAGUUUCAAGUUGAUUGGACUUCAACUAAAUCAAAAACUACCUUGACCAAAAACUUUAACCUGAAACUUGCACUAUCAUUUUCUAUGUUUCGUGGAAUAUGAAAUUGGGGUCAAAAGUCUAAUUUGGCAAUUAAAUUAGAAAGAUCAUAUCAUAGGGAACAUGUGUACUAAGUUUGAAGUUGAUUGGACUUCAACUUCAUCAAAAACUACCUUGACCAAAAACUUUAACCUGAACAAACGAACGAACGGACGGAAGGACGGAUGGACACACAGACCAGAAAACAUAAUGCCCCUCUACUAUCGUACGUGAGGCAUAAAAAGAAGAUGUGUUGUGGAAUGGAAAAAAAAUUAAAAAAUACUGAACUCCGAGGAAAAUUUAAAUACGGAAAGUCCCUAAUCAAAUGGAAAAACCAUUAUCAAUAUAUCUGAAUGUGAAAUGAAAUGAAAUGGCUUCUUUGAUCUUCUUGCUUUUUAGCAAGAGUGUAGGAACUCAGAUUCAUAAGAACGUUCAACAUAGGAAGAGGUCGGCAAGGAGAGUUGCACAAUUCGUUCCAUUAGGAAUGCCGACAAUUUGUUGAAAAAAUAAACCUCCAAAUUCAACAAAAUGCUGUCAAUAAGAAAGUCCAGCAUACUGAUCACUUGUUCCUAUGUGUAGCUUUUUUUCAUUAUAAACUGUUUCAAUAACUUGGUAUCCCAAAGUAAUUAAUUCAUAGCGCAUACUAAUACCAAUUUUAUAUUGAAAAGCAUUGUUGGUAAUUUUGUUCUAUUUCUUUUUAGACAAUUUUUAAUUUCACAUUGGGAAUGCGGUGUUCAUGUUUGAAAAAUCAAAAGUUUUGAUAGACUUAGUUUCAGAGAAAGAUCCAAGAUUUAAAAUCAUCCAGAAAUUCUUUUAGAUUUUUUUAGAAUCCAAAUAUGGUCAAUACCAGUACGCGCGUAAACAGUGGACAUAAUAUUUGUCAAUAUAAUGGACCAUUUCUUUAUAGAACAUGAAAUGAACCGGCAACAAACCGUUGUUUGUAUAUAAUUUUUGAAGCUAAGGUAAAUCUUCAGAUGUGUUGUUCAAUAUUUUUUUUUAUUGAAACCAUGAAUGACUCAUGAUUCGCCAAACUCUCAUCCUUGUCAAAUGAUAAGUUGUUUAAUGUGGGAUUGCCCAUUAAGCAAAAAGAAAUCAUUUGGAGGCAAUUGUCAUUUUUUUAAAGGUGUCUUCCUCGAAUGCCAACAUUUUAUAUGUUACCUAUUGCUUGAAUGCCAACAAAAAUAUUUCAAUAGAUGUUUAUAUAAUAACAAUAGGUGUUUUAUAACUAUUUUACAACGAAAUUUUUUUUGAGUGGGAUAACUAUUUUACAUCCCAGCUGUUUUAGAUUAGACGAAAAACCAUUUACAAUUCAUAAAAUCUAGUUCAGAAAGCCACACAACCAUUAUAAUAUACUUUAUAUGUUAAUAUAUGAUGUGUACCCUUUAUGACCCCCGAACACGAUGAGUAGAUAUCAAACAAUGUUAAGUCGCCCCACUGGCCAAUAGGCCGACACUAUAUCGCCACUUUAUAAAAAAUCGUCCACUCUUCCUUCGUAAAAUAAAUGAAAUUUUGACUGAAACUAAAAGGAAAGACAUAUAUUUUUGCUGUCUAUUUGAAAUAAUCUAAAAAUGUGGUGCACACUGAAU